UCUAUUUCAUGGAUCUCCUUAGAACGUACAUAAUUUCCUAAAAGUUAUUGCACCUAUUAGCAAUUAUAUACUUCUAGAACAGUGUGUUUCUGUUAUAUAAUUAAGAUUUGCUCCAAUAUGUUUAUUUAUUAUUUAUGAUAUUUUAAUAUUUCAUAGAUUAAAUUAAAUAGUACAAGAUUAUGGAUGUAAUGAUGGUAAAAAAUCCUUGUAAAGUGGAUCCAACCUAAUAUGACCAAAUUAUCCAAUUCAAAGUUACACAAUCUCAAUUUGGUAUUGGAUGAAGAGCAUUACCGGCUGUCGUCUUCUAAUGAUGAGGAUGAUGAGAAUACUGUAACAACAGAUUCACCUGAGUUAGCAAAAAAUAAAAUAAAUUCCUCUGAGUUAAUCAAAGAAACAAAUGCUCUUCUUAAGCGAAGAUCAUCAACUCUUAGUUUAGAAGAAGAGACACCAACUUCGACUAUGGUUUCAUCAAGCCUUACCAGUUGCCCUACAAGCAUUCUAGGAACAAAACAUGUGAAGCAUGCAUUACCUGUGUUACAAGAUUUAAAACCAAAAAAAUCUGUCCGUUUCGGCAUGGAAAAUAACGUUACAUUCGAAAUUCAACAACCCGAGUUCAGAUCUUCAAUCGAUAGCACAGAUUCUGAAAGUUUCGACAUAGAAUGUGAUCAAAGUAUUUUUGGUAACAUCAGAGAUGCUAGCUCAUUAUUAGAAGACAGUGAUGAUGACGAAGAUGAUGAUGAGGAGGAGGAUCAGGAUGUAAACAAUAAUCAUCCAAUUGAGAAAGACAUAAAAAAUUUAGAAAAACAAAAACAGAAGUUGAUCCGUGAAAAUGAAGAACUGCGCAAUCGACAUGAAAGAGAGAUGAAACAACUACGUGAAGAAUACCAGCGCCGAAGAGAAGAUUACUAUGAUGAGUUAGACGAAGUUCAACAUGAAAUGGAUGAACGAAGAAACAAAAUGAACACAGGAGUUGGUGAUCACCAGGAUUACGAGAAUUUAAAGCAAAAACAAGACUUAUAUUUGAAAGAAAAGAACGAUUUAGAAGAAAAAGAAAAACAGAUCAAAAAGAAAAAAGAUGACAUUGCAGAACAAGAAAAAGAGUUGCAAGAAUAUCAACAAUAUUUAAAUCGACGACAUAAAUCAUUAAAUGAAAAAGAAGAAGACCUUUGUAUUCUACAAGAUGAACUGGAAGAUUUAUCGGAUGCAUUAUCAGAAAAGCGAGCAAAAUUAAAAGAAGAAGAAGCAACACUCAUUAUGGCUCCCAAAGGAUGCAACCAUGACGACGAAGAAAUUGAACAAACACGCAUCGAGUUGAUGGACUCACUUACUAAGGAAAAAGAGCUACGAAAACAAAUUGCAGGAAGGGAUAAAGAAAUUGAAAAACAAAACACUGAAAUAAAAGAUUUAGAAUUGGAGAAAAAUAAAUUACGAACUAAAAUAAAACAUUUAGAGUCGCAACUUUCUUUGAUUGUCAAACCCGUUCAUUCACAUUACCAUAAAAGGACUAGUCUCCGUCACAUGACCGGGAUACCGCUAAAUGUCACAACGGGGGAGAACAUAUCUCCGCCUAGCACUUCAUCUGAGUCAAUACAAGGUAACAAAAGAGAUGGUAUGUUAUCCCCUACUCGUGAUUCGCCUAAGAAAACUUUAUCUUCCCCGCCGCACGUUUCGAACACUUCAUCGUUGACGAUAAAAAAUGAAAUCUCUGAAGGUAGCCCUAAUCAUUUGUAUGUUUCACGGAAUAAAACCAACGUCGAGGAUUUAGAGUUAACAGACGAUAGCGCGGGAGAGCCGUAUUAUUUCGAAGAAUCAGAAGACAUGUAUUCCAAAGAUACGACGGAUAAAACGAAAAGUUCAAAAUCUGCAAUAAGCAAGACGUGCCUCAUCAUGUGAAUUAUUACGCCCGUCAACGGCCAUAAUUAUAGCAGCUGUUAAUUUUGAUGACUUGUAAGGGGGCACAGUAAAUUGUUGAAAAGCUCUUCCAACCAUUUUAUACAGUUUACUGUUGGGCUGCAAUGUAUAACGAAUGAGCUAGGACAGAUAUUUUAAUAAUAAUUUUUAACCCUAGUCAGUUUAUGGGAAUUUAUCUUUGUAAAUAAGUUAAUAAUUUUUGGUUUUAGGAUAAUAUUGAUAUACCUUAACCUAAGAACUUGUACACUUUUAAGAAUUUGGAAACAUUUUAUAAAUCAUUUAAAUUUGUGUAUUUAUAUUUAUAAAAUUUUUAAUCUGUAAUAAUUAAUCUAAAAAGCUACUCUGAAAUUCCAUCUAGGAUAUUUUUUAAUCUGAAUUCGAUCAGCCAUUUUAGGUGGUAGAGUAACCCCAACCAAUAUUUACUAGUUUUAUAGCUAGUGCAAAAAAUCGCCCUAUUACAGCGCACCAAUUCCAAACUCGUUGCAACAGUAUUAUAUUUUGAGAAAAUUAACAUAAACUUUUGAUGCUGUAUCUAAAAAAUAUAUGUAGUUUUUCGUUAGUUUUUAUAUUUUAUAUACUUCGUAUUUAAAGAUUCAAUAUAUUAUGAUACCCGACUUUCCGUCUCUAAGCCGAGAUGGUAGCUGCGAGAAGCGAUGGGCGAAUUUCUAUGAAUUUUUCCACAGGUACUAGUCGUGGAAAUAGAAAAAAAAAGAAACUUAUUAGAACUCUCAUAACUGAAUCUUAAGAACCGCGCAUAUUUUUAAAAAAACAAUUGUUGACAGUCAUUUUUUGAUGAGUCUGAUUGUGUAAAUAGGAAUUCUACUAGUGCGAUAACAGACUAGCUAAUAAUUUUUAAUUUAAUAUGAUUUAUUACCUACAAUGUAAUGUUAAUUUUUUCUAUUUUUUUUUUAUAUUUAUCGGUUGAUGUCCAAAUAUAAUCUUCAAAACAAUAAUUAGUAUUUUUCUCUUUUUUUUUAGUUUUAUAGGACAUGUUUGAAGAAGGCUGUCGUAGAGUAUAGAAAUGCAAGAAACUAUUGUUGGUUUGGUAAUCUCUGUUGUUUUUCAUUUUUGUUUUUUAUUUUAUCUACACACUGGCAAUUGCGUAUAUGUCUGUCUGUCUGUCUGUCUGUCUGUCUGUCUGUCUGUCUGUCUGUCUGUCUGUCUGUCUGUCUGUCUGUCUGUCUGUCUGUCUGUCUGUCUGUCUGUCUGUCUGUCUGUCUUUGUUUGUUUGUUUGUUUGUUUGUUUGUUUGUUUGUUUGUUUGUUUGUUUGUUUGUUUGUUUGUUUGUUUGUUUGUUUGUUUGUUUGUUUGUUUGUUUUUUUUGUUUGUUUGCUUCUACAAUCGUUAUAAGAUCAUAGCUACUUUGGACCUGCAUUUUUAUUAACAUUUAAAUAUAGCAAGGGUGUUUCUGCAUUCUAGGUUCCAACAACUAAAAUCCGCAAUCUAUUGCGUUUAAAAAAAAAUGUGACAUUUUGUAGUCCAUCAUCUUCUGUACAAGUAGAAUUUGUACACGUUUAGUGUAGAUGUUGUUAGACCAGGAUAUGUCGCGUGAAUCAACGUGAUAUGUCGCAAUCAACGGUAAAUGUCAUAAGGUCGCCGGUAAAUGUCGCAAGUCAA